UUGUUUAGAUUUGUUUGUUGUUGAAUAUCUGAUUAUGGUGAUCAAGUCUAUUUCCCCCAGAAAACUGCUCCAAUUCGAACUGUAUUCUCUGUCGAUGCUUCGAAUAGUGUUAGCGUAAUGUCUGAAAGUCAUUGUGAUCGCUGACAGCCAAGGAACUUGUGUCGCUGAGCCACAAAAUCUACAGAUGGACGUGGAAGAUUCAGCAUCUGACAGACCGCACUCAAGCCGUCGCAGCCGGAGGGAAAGUCCAUCCCCCAAACAUGAAGGGACAACGGGUCAUCGGGUGCAAGCGACGGAGAGAACCAGCUCCAGGAGGAGCAGGUCUAAGAGGAGCCAGGAGAGAAGUGCAGCGGAAGAGAGAAGAAAGCACACCACUCCCAGUCGAAGCAGAGGGAAACAACAUUUGGUGGAUACUGAUGAAACAAAAUCAACCCAUGGGGUACCAGCAGUAGGAAAAAGUGAGCACAUUCGUUACCAUAAAAAGAGGAGUAGGCACAGAGAUGCGAUCUCGGAUGACUUUCUUGAAACUCCUGUGACCAGAGUUCUUCGAGAAGUACCAGAUGAUAUUUUAGAUACCCCACACUCCAAUACAUAUGCACCACAAUAUGCAUAUUAUGGUGAUGGCGACACUGAACAGUGCCGAAUACAAAAAGGAAGAGAUUGUGUGUAUGUUGAGCAUUAUGAUGGUUUUUCUUCUGUCCCACGCCAAAAUGCUCUAGCAGAUCCUGGAGGUGCUUUAAAUAAUAGGUGGUUUGAUCUCAGCACAGCAACAGCGCUUGAUGUUGCCAUUGCUGUGCAAAAGUUGUGGCUUCCUCUUGCAGACUUUUGUCAUGGACUUCUGGCAGGACUUGCUCUAAUGCAGACUAUAGUGGUUGAUAGACUACUUGGAUCUUCUCAAGAAGAAGUGGUACAUUUUGUUUCUUUUUAUUCCAACUUUUCUCUUAUUUUCACCACCACAUUUUUCUUAUUAGCAAGUGUGUGCCUUGUUUCCAUAUUCGACAGAUUAGACCUUGCACGUGGUGAUUGGCCCUAUCUUGUGGAUCUUUUAUCCAUUCGACCCCGAAUACCUUGGUUCUUGAUUCCAAUAUAUGUUGGUGGACUUGUACUUGCACUUGCUGCUGCAAAGGGGGAUGAUUUCAUACACCUGUCUCAGUACAAUAGUUCUAAUAUUACUUUCAUGAAGGCAGAUAUGGACUUGCUUGAAUCAUGGCAUGUCCUUAACUCCUUGCGAUGUGCGUGUGUAGUGAUUGGUUGGCUACUGAUCUCAGCUAGUCAUCCACCAGACCUUCUCCUAAAUCUACUCGUAGAAAUGCUACCUCACCAAAACACUGAUAGCAAACAAAAAGCUAAAGGUGACCAAUCCAAUACUCAUUGAAUUAAUAUCACAUUUUUCAUAUUACUUUUCACAUCUAUGAAUUAAUUUAAAUCAGCCAAAGAUAAUUAAAUAAUUUACCUAUACUAAGCAAAAUA